GGGAAAACUUUGCAUUUAACAAACCUGCACAACAAUCAAAAACUACGCACGGAGGCAUUGCUUCCAGGGCUGUAGAUGGAAACAAAAACCGCUACUACAGCAGUUCGUCGUGUACCCACACAGCUGAACAAACAACACCUUGGUGGCGAGUGGAUUUACGACAACGUAUUGCAGUCACUCACGUGAAAAUCGUAAAUAGAGACCGAAUAGGUAAGCGGCUUUGUGGAUUCGAGAUAAGGAUUGGAGAUAGUUUGGAAAGUAAUGGAAUUACGAGCCCGAGAUGUGGAACUCAACAACAUAUACCUUCUAAUCAGGUAAAUGAACAGACAGUUUUGUUGGUUUAGAACAUGACUAAAGUACCCAAAUUUACAUCAGCUUAACUUUGAGUUCCGUACGUUCACCAUGCAAUGUCGAGGUAGCAACGUAGAUUAUAAGUUGUGUUGAACUUGGUCAUCUUAUACAAACAAAACAAACUAAUGAGACAGUUGUUACUAAUUCUGUUUCCUAGUCGUUUUCUAAAACGUGAGUCGCUAUAUUUACAAUACUCGCGAUAAUAAUUAACUUUUUUGCAUAGGAAGGUAUUGUCUCGUGUGUGCCGACGGUGGUUGGUCGUUAUGUGACGAUAGUUAUUCCAGGAGAAAAGAAAACGCUAACGUUGUGCGAAGUCGAAGUCUAUGGUACUAAAGAAG